AUGGAUCAAAGAGAACUUACCUCAAGAGUUUCGGCUCUUCAAAAGGCGAUCAAUGACAAAGAGCCGGCAGCGAACGUCAUUACCAUUAUGGAAACUCUGAAGAGAGAUGUAAAUGCCACUGAAGAACUUCUUAGGGCAACCAAAGCAGGAAUGGUAGUAGCCAAACAACGAGGAAACGCGAAUAAAGACAUUGCCAAACUUGCCACUGAAAUCGUCACCAAGUGGAAAAAAACAGUCGAAGCCGAAAAAGAAAAGCGCAAAGCAAAGCAAAUGGCAUCCGGAUCUUCUCCCGCAGUUCGCAGUAACAGUACUUCCUCUCCUGCGCCCGCGCCUAGCGCCCCAGUCACGAAAGCCUUCAAAGGCGAUUCUUCAAAGCGAAGAUGGGAGACUGAUAAAGUCGAUACUAAGCGUACGGGUCUUCCAACACGCGAUGCUUGCAUUGGAUUAAUGUAUAAUGGUCUUGCCUUCAAAUGCGAAGAACCCCCCACUCAUGUCAUUAUCAAGGCUAUGGCUGUUGAACAAGCUGCGUUUGAUCAUUUUGGAGGUGAGACAAAGGAAUAUAAAGAGAAGCUUCGUUCCCUCUUUCAAAAUCUCAAACAAGUCUCCAAUACGCAGUUGCGCAAGAGAGUCAUGUCGGGAGAUAUCGAACCAGCUCGUUUUGUUGUCAUGACGCAUGAGGAAUUAAAAUCAGAGGAGAUGAAGAAGAAGGACGACGCGUUAGAGUUGGAGAACAUGAAGAAGGCUCAGGUACCAAUGGCGGAGAAGAGUAUUAGUGAUGCUUUAACGUGCGGAAAAUGUGGUCAAAAGAAAGUCAGCUAUUCACAAGCACAGACUCGCAGUGCUGAUGAACCUAUGACGACUUUCUGCGAAUGUCAAGUUUGUGGUCAUCGCUGGAAGUUCUCUUGA